ACUCGCACUACGUGCCUACGCAGACGCUGACCCCGCCCCCCUCCUUUUCAGUCCCGCAGCCGCGCAGCUCCCGGGCAGGAUGGCGGCUCUUUUGGAAUCUCUUCUGUCGAAGAAAGCGGAUAUUAAUACGGUCGUAGACUGGCUGAAAAAUCUGGAGGACUGCGACAAGCUGUCAUUCGGUAAACUCGGGGUGACAGUUCACAAACAAGAAUUUGUCCCUUUUCUUUUAAACUUCUUGAGAGAGCAGAGCAGUCAAGCACUAACCAAUGGCCCUGCCACACCGGCCAAGACCCCCAGCCGUCCCAGGCCUGCUGCACAGUCCCAAGGCUUCACUGACAGGAGGAGUUGCAGGUCUGCUGGCAGUGGAGCUGGUUCACGGAGUGCCAGUCGGGUCCAGCUGUUUUCUCCGGCCACAUCUGUUUCCCCCGGAACUGAGCAGGAUGCUGCUGGUCCGUCAGAGUCCCACUGUCUGAGCGGGGUCAGCGCCUUCAGCAGCCCCUCCUUUAGUACAAUAUGGAGCCCCGCCAACAGGCCCUCAGGCUCCGAGCGCCGGCCUGGCCAGAGGAUCAGUCUGGGGGACUACAUGGUUUCACCCCCGGACCCCCAGAACAGCCCCAACCUCCAGUCACAGAAGGGUCGCAAGAGGAGCGGUGGUGGCAUGGCUGGACAAGGAAGACACGGAGGAGGUCGUGGAGGACAUCACAGUGAUGAGAAUGGACGGUGUGACAGUGGGGGUAGGAGGUCCGGUAGAGGAGGAGGAGGAGGAGGAGGGUACAGUAGGAUAAGCGAGCAGGUUUCACCUCCAUCUGUAGGGCAGCUCAACUUCAACAACUUGGAGGAUUUCCCUCCUGUUGGUUCAUCACCGGUUUCACCAGUGGCAUCCAAACCAUCUAGAAGAAUAAACCCAACACCGGUCAGUGCAGAGCGCCCACACUCCAAACCAAAGACCUGCUUCACCUCCACCCCAUUCAGGAAGCCCUCUAGCCCCCCGUCGGGGGCAGAGGCGCUCCACGGGUCGAUGGCAGUGGGCAGUCCUCUGAGCUUGCAGGAAGAGAGGGAACUACUUAAGAGGGAGAAGACAAAGCGUGCCCAGCAGGCGGGCUCUCCUGUGCCAUCCUCUCUGGACCCUUGCACCCCCACCAAGUCAGGGCUUAGGACGGGAUCUAAAGUCACACCUGACCUGCAGACACCUUGUCCUGAACCAUCCAAAGUCACCUUCUCCUUGGAACUGGAUCUCCUGGUAGAGCUGUAUUGUACCUGCAUUUCUGAAAACCUAGUGCCAAACAUUUUCCUGGAGCUUUUCUUUGUGAUGCAGUUGCUAACGUCUCGGUCCCCUCACACUCAUGAUGAUGAUGAACAGGGAAGCUUGUGUGCUGUAAAUUCAGUUUCAGAUGUUCUGGAGAGAUGUUACCUAAGACAAGUACACAACUGUGUAUAUUUUGCAGUAAAGGUUCUGGAGAAUCAGUUUCAGUUGGUAGCUCAUUUGGACAAGUGUACAUUGCGUCUGCUGGCAGAGAACGAGAGGGUGUCGUCUUUCUCUCCAGAUCUCAGGGAACGUCUCACUCAAGCCCAGGACAGAAGCACAGCAAAGCUUUCUCCAUCAGUUUCCACUUUCGUCCACUCAGUCCCGUUUCGUCCUGCUACGGACAACAGGUCCAAUUUUGGUAGUGACAAGGCCUUCCACACCUUUAAAAAACAAAGAGAUAUUUUUUAUGAGGUGCUGAGAGAAUGGGAGGACUUUCACAGUGAACAAGGAUGGAACUUUGAUGCUGCUUUAGGGAGUAGGAUAAGAGGAAUGAUGAGUCAACUGACCUCAGCAGGAAAUCAUUCCCAUUUUGCCCGUCUGUUCCUGAAGCAGCUUGUUCAGAUGUGUAAAGGCCCCCGUGUGAACAGCUCUCCUGGGGAUACCCCUGACACUGACCUGCUAGGUAUGCUGGGAGCUGACAGCUUGGGGCGUCUGAAGCGUCUUGAGGAGCGUCUCAUACAGCCUCAUGGAGUUGUCAGUCCCUGUCCUCCUCCAUCCUUCCCUGGGUACCAGGAGUUCUUCAGAGACUUCCUACAGACAGCUAGCUGCUGCCAGCUGAACCAGCACCUGCAGGACAGCCUGUGUCAGCAGCUCCUCCAGCUGGAUGAGGUGUUCAUCCUGAGCCCCCCUGCUUCCACUGGGGAGGGAGAGGAGGAGGGAGAUGGGGACAUGGAGCAGCAGGAUGAGAAGCAGCGGUUCACCUCAGUGCUGCUCCUCGCUCGUCUUCUGGCUAAGUUUCUUGGAUUUAUUUCUUUCCUACCUUACCAAACAUCCGAGAGACCAUCCAGAGAGAUUCAGGAGGCAGCUAUAGCCCUGCGCAGCAAGAGUGUUCCGGUGCUAGAUGUGUGUGCCGUGUUGAGUAACAGCAUGAAAAGGAGGCGCACCAUUCUGACUGUCCCCUGGCUUGUGGAGUUCCUCUCCAUGUUGGACUUUAUCAGUCCUCUGCUGCUCUGCUACAGGACUGCGUUAGGCACACUGCUUCUCCUGUACAGGAGAAUGCUGCUGGGCAGAUGCGAAGACAUGUGUUACCUGAACAAGCUACUAAUGGUGUCUGUAUUAGGAUGGCUUUUCCAGAUCCCAGUGAUUCCUGAGGACAUUUUCUUCACCAGUCAGUUCACUGAGGUCACUAAACUGGAGGACAGCAACACAAGUGGUGCAGGACUUGACUGCAUUUCCCUUGUGGAUCAGCAGCUUCUCUAUACAUGUUGUCCAUUUCUUGGUGAGUUUCGUAAGCUCCUAGCUGCCUUUGUGUCUGGAAGCACAGCCAAAAGUGGAGGAAUUAUCCGCAAGAUUACUCCCACUUCUGCUGAGCUCAGGGAUACGCCAAGUGCCAACAGGUCGCAGCAGAAACUACAGGUGGACCUCGAGCAAGCCUUCUUUCACAACCAGCCUCCAUCGUUGCGUCGCACUGUGGAGUUUGUAGCUGAGAGAAUUGGAUCCAAUGGCGUCAAGCAUAUGAAGGCUACAUUAGUGAAUGAGUUGGUGGAGAGAGGAGAGAAGAUGCUAAGAGAUGGAUUGGAGCUGCCAAACUCAAAUCCUUCAAAACUGAAUGACUCCAUCUGUGCUCAGCUGUGUGAUGCGGGAUUGGAGGCCCUGGCAAGAGCCACGAGAUUUUGUUGUGAGAAGAGUCCUGAAGCCAUAAGAAUGCUGCUUCCUGAGGAGACCUCCCCUGCUGUCCUGACCACAUCUGAAAACAUCACCAUACGUCUUGCAACAGAAAAAGCCUGUAGCUGGCUCUCGGCCAACAUUACAGCGCUCAUAAGGCGAGAGUGGAAGAGCAGAUAUGAUCGUGUGAUGAAGGCUCUGGGUAGCCCGGUGGCUGCAGCCUUGGGGGAGGUGGAGCGGCAUGUUGUUGAUUUGGUCACCCAGGAGCAGUCGACUACUCCCAAGAGAAAACAAGGAAGUGAGCGAGUGUUCUCCUGCCCUCCACAUUGCAAACACAGGGCUCCGCUGCCAUCAGACAUUCUCAUUGAGAUGAAGGAGCUGUUGAGCAUCGCAGUAGGCCCCAGGACUGAUGAGGAGCUGCCAACCGACUCUCAGCUCAAAACACUGCUACAGAGAGUGGGAGACACACUGACCUGCAGAAAAUUUUCAACUGUGGUGUCAGAGCAGAUGCUUCUGAACUCUACUGUCUUACUGGCCUGCAAAAUGGUGUCUGCUGAGCUGCCGGUACUGUCUCUGUCGGGGUGCAGCGGAGGUGGUGAGCCCCCUGUCAGAUCGCUGCUGGAGCAGCUUGCUGAGCUGUGGGAGAGAGACUGCUGCUCCUCUGCCCCCCUCCACCUGCUGUUCGCCCCCCUUAUGGUCACUGCUGUGCUGAAGGCCAGCGACACUGAGUGGAACAACUACCUGUUCCUGGUUAGAAAGCUGGUUGACAGAGGAAUCUUGAGCGAGGAAGAGGUCAUAUCUCAUUGGAAGAAGCUAACAAACUUGGCCUUGCCAGCGGAGCUGAUAGAGAAAUUUCAGCUGCAGUCACAGAGUAUUAAACCCUCCUUGCCUCUGGCUGAGUUACAAAGUCACAUGGACAUGCUGCAGGUCUCCCAACAGACAGUAGAGGGCACUACGUGACAACAGUAAUACUACCAAAUGUCCCAAAGCAUCUUUUGUGUGAUCGCCACAGUGUUUUAAGUCAAAUCUUUCAGUGUCUUUUUGAAUGGAGAGACAGUUCUGGGUGACUUCUGAAUGUGUAUCAUUUUUACGUUUGCUACUUCUGCACAGCCCAUCAGAGCUGCUCCACAGUCAGCUUCUGCACAGACUUUGCAAGCUUCAGACAUUUGUUCUUUACCUGUUUAAGUGACAGCAGGCUUUCAUGAAUCCCUCUGCUCUUUUGCUAAGGUGCUGGUGAGAGCCAGAAAGCCCUGCCAGUCGGUGGUAGUAGCUAGGGACCACGCCAACUCUUUCCUUAGAUCCAUGGAACCUUUCUGCAAGCAAACCUGGAGAUACGAUUGUAUCCAAAGGGAAAUACCAGUAGAUCAAGCAUUUCAAACAGUCCAGACCAUAGCAGUGUAUUAGCAAACACAGGAGAAGGGUGCCCAAGAUGGGAAUUUGUACGUUUUUGCAGCAGAAAAUGUAAACUAAGUAACAUUGCUGUCCCAUAAAGGCAUUGGCUCAUUAAAAUGUACAACAAAUACUGUAUAUUUCUAAUUUUGACACACGAAGGUCAACCAGCAUGAUGUUAGACUUUUUCUAAAAAAUUGACUGAAAAAUUUAAUUUUUUUUUGUUAGUUUCUAGACCCACCGGAGAACAUCUUUUGUCUUUUAUUUUAGUAUAGCACUUUCACACACUGCCUUUGACCGCCACUACUAGUGAAUUGCAUGCUUAUUUCAUGAAUGCAAGACUGCAUUUGUGAUUUUUUUGUUCAUGUUAAAUGAGCGCUGUAUUCUCUGCUGCUUUCAAAUUGAAAUAUUUUUAUGUUGCCAUAAAGUUGAAAAUGUAAUAA